AUGUUGGAGACCUGGGCCGAGCCAGAGGCCAUUGGGAUGGAAGGCCUCGUAAAGUACUACGUCAACGACCCGAACUUUCGACAGCUAGUGCACGAGAUUCAUGAUCACAUUGACUCAGUUGUGGCAAGUGAGACGUUGAGCUAUGAGGCUACGAUGCACGCGAAUGGUGACGAACUAUGA